GAUGCCUGUCGGCAAUGUGUGACGGACUCGCAGAACAGUCACGGAAAGGUUUGUGGAACGGUCAGAACCAUCGACUCCAAAGCAUGUGAAAUACAGAAGGCUGCCGAAAUUGUCAUCGAGUUCGAGGGCUACAAGCCUUCUCGCCUUGGAAGGUUCGCCUCAAUGCUGGUGCCGAUGACGACCGCACUAAUCGUCAUCCUUUUCGUCGUCGUUGUGGCAGAUUAUUACUGGGAUUGCGAAUGGAGCUGGCCCGACCAUCUUUGCUUCAUCGGCACAUUUCCAAUCUUUGGGAGCUUUGACACCAACUCGUACGUGUUCUUGAUACUGUGGUGCCUGGGCGUGACUUGGUUCUUCUUCCUGAUUGUGAAUACUGGCGGUCAGAUGAUCAAGCAGUUUGGCUUGAGAGCACCAUUCCGCAAGGCGGCGGUCAUCUGUGUGUCCGUGCAGGAACGUCAGGAGACCAUCAGCAGUGGAUACUCGCGGACAUUGGCCUUGCGGAAGAAGGCGCUGGGCUUGGUGGCCAAACUCCUUCGAGCAAAGGAUCUGCCGGGCGGCUUUCUGUCGCUGUCCGGUGCAUCAUCCCAGACAAUUCCUCUCAAGUACGACCACUCCAGCAAGCUCUGGUACGUGGAGUUUCGCUGCCAGAGAUAUGUGUAUGAUCCUGUCACCGACGGCUUUUUGCAGCACGAUCCCAGCACAAGUCUGAGGAAAGGCCAUGCGGCCUUCGAUGCGCUGCUAGCAGAAGGCGGCCUGAGGACGAAAAGCCCGUCGCCCCAAGGCUUCAAGUCUGUCGAAGAGAUGUACAGGAGCUCCGGGCCGAACCGGAUUCCCUUUGAAGUCGACGGAUGGACCCAGGCGCUCACCGAGGAGUUCAGCACGCUUUUCUUCUUAUACCAGUUCGCCAUCUACGCGGUCUGUGUCUGGUUCUCCUACUGGCACUACACCAUCAUCGCCAUGACCAUUGCUGUCAUCUCUGGCUUUUUCAACACGUCUGUCAGACUUGCGAGUCAGCAGUCCAUCAAAUCGAUGAUGGAACAGCAGCUGACCGCCCACGUACUUCGAGACGGCCAGGUGGUCGAGGUCGACGCCAACGAGCUUGUGCCUGGCGACAUCCUGAAGGUCCAUCCUGGCCCUGUCCCUUGUGACCUGCUGUUGCUACGCGGAGCGGCGGUCUGCGAUGAGUCGACUUUGACUGGCGAGUCCAUGCCUGUUCAGCGCCUGGCACCGGUAGAGAAGCUUCCGGAUGACCCGCGCGGAUUUCGAUUCCCAGCAAAGCAUUCGCUGGUUGCCGUGGACUCAGAACUUGGAUGUAGCAAGCCCGAGGGCAAGCGUCGUGGUCGGAGUUGGUUUUCCGGUGUCGAGGCAGGAACGUCAGUACUGCAAGUUGUCGAUGAUGAGACUUGGGCCCUGGCCACGCAUACCGGCAUCCAUACGCAGAUGCAUGGCAGCACCCGAAGUAUCAGUAUUUUUCAGGAAGGCUGGGGAAGCCUGACAACGUGUGAGCAGCACCAAAGGGUACCGUCUGUCCAGUUCUGUGCCAAGGUUGUGUUUUUCCUGCUCAUCAUCUAUGCUUUUGCCCUUGUGGUCAAGUUGAUGAGAGUCAUGUAUGUCCGCUACGCAGUGCAGCAGAAGCUGCCCCUGACGGCCACCUGGGCGAGUGGGGUCUUCACGUGCUCCUGCGUGCUGCCCACCAUGCUGCACAUCGUGCUCUCCGUGGGCCAGGUGAUUUCUGCGAAGCGGCUGAAGGAGAAGGCUUGCAGCAUCUUCUGCGUGGUGCCGAAGCGCAUCGCUUUGGCCGGGAAGGUGCGGGUUGCUUGCUUUGAUAAGACGGGCACCUUGACAACCAGCGGUCUGGAGUUCUUCGGAGUGCACUGUGUGGAGAUGGACGGCAGCGACCCGGGACUUCAAGGUUCACAAAGCCCUUUCUCCUCGCUCCCUGCCGCCACGGCCGCGAGUCCGCGACUGGCGGCAGAACCUCAGAAGUCGAAGUGGGACCUCCACAUUUUGUGUGGCUUGGCGAGCGCACAUUCGCUGUCGCCCUUCUCGCAAAGCGAAGCAGGUGUUGUUGGAAAUGCUGUCGAGGUGAACAUGUUCAAAGCCUCCGGAUGGUCGCUGGCCUCGCAGAGCGAUGUCCGAAGCCCGUCUGGCGGCUCUUUCGAAGGGCAUCGGCUGGAAAUCCUGAAGCGUUUCGAUUUCUCCCAUAGCACCAUGACGAUGAGUGCCGUGGUGAAGCAUCAUCCCAGUGGCGAGCAAGGCAUCUACUGCAAAGGCAGCUUCGAGCACAUUCUGCGCAAGUGUCGGCCGAGCUCGGUGCCGGAGAACUUCGUGCAG